CAAAAUAGUACGACGUUACAUCUUCAAUCUAUCUUUAAGGGGAUGUAAGCAUUUACAUUGAUUUGAGUACAUGAUGUGAUUUGUAAAAGCAAGGACCGAACGUCCCUUCUGGAGUUAUAGUUCAACCUGCAGAAUUUUAGGCAAAAUGGCGACAAUGUAACGAAUGGAGGGGGAAAAAGGACUAUAAUCAAGUAACAUGACAAACUUGCUCGUUGUUAUAAUUUCGUGCUCUGGGAAGGUGUGUUUACUGAAAACCACGGGGUGCCAAUGUUUUGGAAAAGACUGACUGUGCUGUUUUCACUAUGGCAGCGAUGAAAGAGAGUGCAGAGGAAGACAAAGAAGUGGAAUCUUCCUCUUAUGACAUUCAAGAUCUGACAAGCACAUCUUCUUCCAGCAACAACAAUAACAGCUUGGAUCCUUCAGAGCCCCUGCCCUUGGACAGUCACCAAAACCCUUUAAAUGGAGUCCAGUCGAACCCAUUUGUCUGUGGUAGCAUCCCUGCUGCCCCCAGCACAAACGACUCCUUGCCAUCCAGAGCACUUGUUAAUGGAGCUGCUUCACACUGUACCUCAGAGGAGCCCUGCGUCCACAACAAAGACAUGUCCCCCUUGCCCGGGACAGACACCAGCCCUGAGGUGUUAUCACCUCCCAGUGAGCUUCAAUCAGACACCCGGCAGAAAACAGAAGGGUGCGUCCUAAAAGUGCGGCACACUAGGGCCGCAUCUGAAUCGAACAACAGCGAAGAUGAGGCCCCCCUAGAUGUGAUGGUGGAGGAAGGCUUGGAUAACAGGCCAAUCAGCAGGCUGUUGGCUAGAAAGCGAAUCAAAGCAGGGUGCUUAUGGGACUUUGAUUCUGAGUUGUCAGAGAGUUCCUCUGAUGACUGUGAUGGUCUGAACUGGGGCCUGCAGGAGAAGUUCAUGCAGUUACUGUUGAAAAGCAGGAUAGCGGGUGGUGAGGUAAGAAAAAAGAUUGCAGGAGCUCCACCUGCCAACCAAAAACAGGGGAUGCGGAAAACUCACACAAUGGAGAGCACUGCCACUGGAGGACAGGUUUAUGAUGGCUUUGAUUAUGCAUCCCAGAAUUCCCCAACCGUUGAGGACUCAGAUUUUGAUUCGUCCAUUAACAAAGAACAUGCCUUCAGGAAAGAGCCGGAAAGUUUGAAAGCAUAUGCUGGUUUGCGCCUGGAGAAAUUCUGUGACAAGGCAGCUGCCAUGAAAGAGCUAAUUUCAAGCGAGAAAGAAGAGAGAUGUGAUGAAGGCAGAAGCGACAUAGAAACAAACACCUACAUGGGGGAAAAAUUGUCACCGUUCAAGACAGAGACAAAGCCAGGGAAGGAGCUGUCCUUUUUCCCAUGCUCAAAGUGCAACGCUAAUUUCAAGGAGAAGAUGCAUUUGCAUAGGCAUAUGAUGUAUCAUUUAGAUAGGAAUAAUAAGGUGAAACAAGAAUACGUUCCCCGACCUUUUAUAUGUAGGGAGUGUGGGCGUUCGUUCCGAGACCUAAACUCUCUGCAGAAGCACAUGGUAAUCCACCAGGUGCAAAGGGAGAGGCUGAUAGAAGAGAUUAAAAGUUUCGGUAAAAUAGAUGUUGAGGAAAGGAGAGCUUGUAUUCAGUGCGUCUUUGGAACGAAAUGCCCCCAAACUUUUGUCCAUCAUGGCAAAACUAAUGAGAAGGAGAGACACUGUAAAAGCAGCGAAGGACAUGAUCACAUGACUACAACGGAAACUGAGUUAAUGACGCAUGAGUUCACAGCUCACCACAGCACUUGCGACAAAUCUCUAGAUUUAUUGAUAUGUCAAAUAUGCACAUUCAAAACUAAUAAUAAUGACGCUUUCAGAAAGCACAUGGAGCUUAUCCAUGGACAGCAAUAUUAUGACCACAACGAACCUCACAGCAAUAUGGAUGACAUUAAGCCUGUGCCUGACAGAUUAGCAGACCAAACAAAAACCAAGGACUCAUCUUUGCUUUCACUAACACCAAAGACUCAAAGCACACAGAUGUGGUCUGUCACGGAAAAAGGGGAGCUUGCCUUAAGGCCCAAUGGCUCAGCUGACCUUAAUGUGAGAAGCAAAGAAACACAAAAAGCAUGUGAUGGUUUCUGCUCCUCGCUGAUCACAUGGAUCCCUGGCAGCCAAGCAAACAAGCUGUCACCAUUCUCACUGGGAAGUGACAAGCCAAGCAAAUUAUCCCCUCCGCCGUCAGAGAAAAUAGACGUGACAACAGGUCUCCCGUAUGUCGAAGAAGACAAUCAAGAAUAUGAAAACACUGUCGCAGAAAAGAGGACAAAAUCUCUUUCCAGCUUUGACGUGCAUUUUACAACGAAAGCAGAGAUCGUCAGUAAAGCAUCCUGUCUGAACUCUGAGACCGAGAGCAAUCCCAAAGAUCCCUCAUCCAGCAGUACUUUAGCACCACAAACACUGAAGCAUAAAAUACCCUCAAAAAGAAAAAUGUCAAUCCCGUAUCGUAACACCCACAUCAAUAUUCCUCAUGCACGUUUUGCAACGUCUCCGCAGUGGGAAUCUAAUCAACUACAAGAGGAAAGUUACUAUGAGGGUGCACAGGACUACAGCAAGUUUACCAAAGAGUCCCCAGAUCAGUUUCGUAGUAAUAACCACUCUGAUUAUUUCAUCUAUGGACAAACAUCCCCUUUCGAAAACAAUGUUCCAGACAACGUUACUCAGUCUAAUCUGGACAUUGACGAUGAUGAAAUAUGUACAUUAAUAAUAAAGGAGGAGUGUAUUGAGAGUAUAAUUAGUGAAGAUACCCCUGAUCCUGCUGUUUAUGAGCAAAGUGACCCCUACUCAGGGUACGUGGUUCCCUCUUUGUCCUUGGUGGGAAGAAAAUACUGCCCCUACUGCCCAGCUGUGUUUGAGUCUGGGGUAGGCUUGUCCAAUCACGUGAGAGGACACCUACAUAGGGUGGGGCUAAGUUAUGAAGCACGUCACCUGGUGUCCCCCGAACAGGUGGCAUCUCAAGAUCGUAAACCUCGCAUACGCAGAAAAAUCCCCACAGUGAAUCGAAGAAUCAGAAAAGAUGAGCCAGAGUCUAAAACAGAGCACACCUGUCCGCUGUGCCUUGGCUGGUUCGACACUAAGACUGGCCUUUCCAAUCAUGUGCGGGGUCACCUGAAGCGGAUUGGCAAGCCUAUUUCGGGCUCUAGCAAGUCACCUCUCUGCAUUCUGACAGAACUUCUUCAAGACGAGAUGGAAUAUAAAAACAUUUUAACAGUUCUUGGUGCCAGACCACAUUUCUCUAAACAUUUUGUCUCUCAAAAGUUUGCCAGCAGCGAUGGGCUGUUUCUUACAUCCACUGGCAUUCCUGUGAAGAUCCAGCAUGGCACCGGCACAGAGUGGGCUCAGAUAAGACCACCUCGGGACAACAUGGAGAAAAAUAGUGCUGAUAAGAUCCAGUCUAGCGCUUUUGAGGACCUGCUAGAAAACAGGGAACUGGAGCAGGAAAUGGAAGUUGUAGGUGACUUAAAGGAGGCCAGGGCUCCUUUGAAGAUCUCCUACACAAGUGGCAGUACACCCGACACACCAUAUGUGAAGCUGGAUCCUACCUGGAAUCAAGAGACAUUUGCUGUAAAUAAGAAGAUUUGCAUCCACUGCAAUGCAACGUUCCACAGCGGCGUAAGCCUGUCCAAUCACCUCCGAGCGUAUGCGAGACGGAAGAGGAUUGCUUUAUUGGAAGGAACAACAUAUGACUGUAAACAGAAGAGGCCUAGAUCAAGGCCUGGGCCAAAAAGGAAGAUGUUUUCAUCUUCACACGCUGCCACUGAAGUGAUCUACAGAAUGGCCUGCAGGUUCUGUGAUCUGACCUUCCAGGGUCCUCAGUCAGUCCAGGAAGACUGGAUCAAGCACUUACAAAGGCACCUCAUGCACACGAGUAUUCCCGGCAUGGGUACAGGUAUGGUGGAGGUAUCCGCGAUGUGUAAAGAACUGUGUUCUCCAACUCCCCCUGAACGACUGCUCCUUGAUACACACCCUCCUCUCAGUCUGCCUGAGGGGGUCUCCUAAGCCACGUUUAGACAUCACCAGCUACUGUACAAAUGUUCUGCACAUGUUUAUAAACAAAUGCAUAUUUAUAUAUUGCGGUAUGCACAUCUAUAUAUGAAUAUAGAAUAGAAGAGUAUAUAAAUAAAGGGGAUAUUGCAUCUUAUUAAUUUUUAUCCUUAUUUUCUUAAACAAUUUAUUGCAUCAAUCUUUUUUUAUCCAUAACGGCAUGCUAUUUGCAGGAUUUAUGUAGAGGUUGCUUUAUUUUGAUGCUAGAUUGGCGAAUUAGGCAGUCUCUUGCUGUAGACUGCAUAUACUGCAUAUAUCAACUGCUGUGACUUGCAACUCUAAAAUCCAGCACCUAGGUUUUUUGAAAAAUCAUAGUGUUUAUUUACACUGAUAAAACCAUAUUUAACCUAUUUUUAAGAGAAUCUAUCAAUAUAAUAUAUCUACUUGUAUGCAUUACAUUGAGGUAGAAACUGACAUAUUGGGUAUUGGGUAUUGGUAAUAUUUACAAUAUUUUAAUGCUAUUAAAGAAAUGUUUAUGAAUAUUACUAUUAAUAUUUUUCAGAACCUUCUAGUUUGGUAAUCAUGGACAAUACUAAUGUCAUAAAUGAGUUAUCGAGUAGUAUCAGUAUAAUGUCAAACAAGGUCAAUGUUCUAUAUUGUUGUGCAUUUCUGAAACCAAUACUGUUUUUGCUUAUGGGUAAAAUGGCCUUUCAUCAGUUUAAAGGUGCUAAAUUACACCAAGGUAUAAUCAUUUAUAUCCAAACUAAUUAUCAUGCAUUGCAGUAGGAUAUUUAAGGGAAUCUUUACCAAUCAUUUCUUUCAAGGUUUUUGUUUGUAGUGGAACAUAUAUACCGUCUUUAAGAUAUGAUUAGUAUUUGAUUAUGAAUAAGGCUAUAGGUAAAGACCAAAUGGAGCAAUGGUCCUCCAUGUCCUGGUCAGCUUAUCAAAUAGUUACCAUGUAACUAUAAUGCAUAACUUGGUGAUGAUAAUGUGCAAGCACAUACCAAUCAAUUACCAUGUACAAUGUGUUAAUGAGCAGAGUAAGCUUUUACAUGUUGUAUUUACUGUAUGUCUCUGUUUAGUAACUCAAUAGCCAAUUAAAAUGUUAUUGUGA